AUGCAAGGCUUGGGCCAACUUGGUGCCUCAGUCGUCGCCCUCAUUACGGCGGAAGCAUUCAAAGAAUCUUAUCUCGACGUCACCACGAUUGCCAGCUGUCAUGAACGUUGUCAACUUGCUGCCGACCGUUCAUGGCGAAUCAUUGUCGGAGUCGGCGCUCUCCCAGCUUGUCUUGCCUUGUACUACCGCGUCACCAUUCCCGAGACGCCCCGUUAUACCUUUGAUGUGGAGCAGGAUGUCGAGAAGGCUGACGCCGACAUCAAGGCGUAUAUGGCCAGCAAGUCAAAAGGCGAAGUCGAUCCAGAGCUACAAUUCAGAAUGAAGAAACAGGCUGGACCCGCAUACAACACCCCGAGUGCCUCAUGGCGCGAUACGUUUGCGUUCUUCGCUCAGUGGAAGAACUUCAAGACCUUGACGGGCACCGCCUUGUCCUGGUUCUUUCUCGAUCUAGCAUUCUAUGGCCUAGGAUUGAAUAACACCUCUGUGCUUCAAGCUAUUGGCUAUGGCGAUGGAGCCAAUUUCUACGAGAAGCUACACAAUCAAGCAGUCGGCAUGAUUAUUUUGUCGUCUGCUGGAGCUAUCCCUGGGUACUGGGCUAGUGUAUUCGCCAUCGACACUAUGGGUCGCAAGCCCCUGCAGAUGUUGGGUUUCUUUGUCCUGACCGUUCUAUUCUGCAUCUUGGGCUUCAUGCUUCAUCAGCUUCCGCACCCAAUCUUCCUCACGCUUUACAUCAUUGGUCAAUUCUUCUUCAACUUCGGCCCGAACACGACGACCUUCAUCGUUCCGGGAGAGUGCUUCCCGACACGCUAUCGAUCUACGGGCCACGGUAUCUCAGCAGCGAUGGGCAAAGUCGGCGCCAUUCUUGCACAAAUCAUUAGUAUCCCAUUGUUGUCGAAGGAUACGCCUGCCGACUGUCACGGCAAUGCCUGCUCGCCAUGGCUUGACCGUCUUCUCGAGCUGUUCGCUUUGUUCAUGUUCUUGGGCAUGCUCGCCACCCUCCUGAUCCCCGAGACGAAAGGAAUGACGCUCGAAGAAUUGGCCGGCGAGACCCCAACCUCUUACGAUCGCGGUCGCAACGGCAGUAUAUCACACUACCCGCGCUACAGCGGCAGAUGGAACCCCUUCGCUGGCGGCCACCCUGCUGGUUUCCAUUACCCACGUAUGAGCAACAUUCGGGCUGUCCGCGUCGGCAUCAUGACGUCUCCGGACCUUCUAGCCGAAGAAGAACGCAGAAGGAGAAAUCAAACCCGGUUCUGGCGGAAGAGGAGGAAGGACAGGGGUGCAAAUAAUAGCACCGGUAGCUCGGACGAGUACGCCAUGACUUUCCGAAAUAGCGGCGUAUCUUCUUCCUACGGUCCCUCCACGGCCAACGCAGACGAAAUACCACCUGAACAGGUCCCAACUUGGGGCGCUGGGUGGGGCAGAAUCGAUCGCGGCGCGCAGCCCAUGGAGAACGUGAAGCUGCACGAUGCCGGAAACCUCUUGCGCCGAGAUUCGAGAGCAUGA